GGAGAAGGUCACCCGGACCGGUUUCGCUCGUGGCCCAUCGAGUUGAACGUUUUUUUUUUUUUUUCCCCAACAGUUUCUCAGACGUCGAUAUUUCUCUUCGGGGGAAUAUUAAAAAAGAGAAGCCCUUUCACAAACUAAAAGAUGGCCAAUAGCAGGAGCAGCAGCCGGUGUAGUAGCGUGGCCAGCUACGGACAGAGACCUCCGUCUCUGUCCGAUCCGCCUCCGCCACCCGCAGCGAUGGGGCUGGACCCCAAUGACGGACGCGGAGAUGAGAUCCAGCCGUGUCCGAUUGGGUUCCAUCCGAUGGCGCACACGCCACCGCCGCCCAUUUACGCGACGCAGGAGCAAUUGCGCGAGGAGCACAGGCAGCAGCAAAUGCUUCCGCCUAAGCCGGCCAAGGAGCGACGACUUCCGUCGCGAUCGGGCAGCACGGCCAGCCUGUUCUCACCGUUCGCUUCGCUCACGCGUCGAUUGGGAGCCAAACAUAAAUCAUCGAAAACGAGCGCGAGCAGCAGCCGAUCGACGGGCCAUGGCAGCCGCAUGUCCACCCCGGUCGAAUUCCCGGCCGCCUCGCAACAACAUCAAGGGGCCGUCAUUUCACGCUCCGUCACGCCGGCUUCCGUCUACUCGACUUUCCCGCGCAUCCACUCCUCGUCCAGCUCAAACACGCCGUCGCCAUCCGGCCGGACGCCUUUUAUUAGUCAAUUGCUCGGCCUGAACGGCGGUGCCAAUGGAGGCGUCCGAGGCGGUUGCGUUGGGGGUGGCGGCGGUGGUAGCAGUUCGUCGUCAUCGGCCACCGUUCCAGCCACGACAUCGUGCCCGUCUUGCCCGUCGCCCGGUCCAAGUUACUCAUCUUCGUCUCGUUUAUCAUCCUCUGGUGGAUAUCCGCCCAUGAUGAUGACGGAAGUGCUGGACGAACCCGUAGAAGAAGAGGGAGCUGGUGAAAGGGUGACAUGGGAAUAUCAUCAUGUGACGAUGAACCGAGUGCCCGGCUACGGUUUCGGUAUCGCCGUGUCGGGUGGCCGGGACAAUCCGCAUUUCGCCAACGGCGAUCCUUCCAUCGCCAUCUCGGACGUCAUUAAAGGCGGUCCGGCCGAGGGAAAGCUACUGAUCAACGACCGCGUCAUGAGCGUCAACGGCGUCUCGCUGGAGAACGUGGAUUACGGGACGGCGGUCUCGGUCUUGCGCGACAGCGGCGCCGCCGUCAACCUGGUGGUCAAACGUCGCAUCGUCCUGGGAGCUUAUCCGGAGCCCAUCACUUACAAAGUCACGCUAACCAAGAGCAAAAAGAAAGACGAUUUUGGCGUCAUCUUGGGCUCGAGACUCUACUUGAAAGAGCUGACCAACAGGGCCCUGAUCGAUCGCGAUGGUAGCCACGGUAACAGUCCCGUCUUUCAGGAGGGCGAUAUCGUCCUGAAGAUCAAUUCUACGUCGACGGAGGGUCUCAGCCUGAAGGAGGCCAGGAAACUGAUGGAAAAUUGCAAGGACAAGUUGCAGUUGACUGUCCGUCGAGACGCGGCCGCUCCGGCGCUCGUGGGAGCCGUUGGAGGAUCAGCCGGCCCGGCUGCCAUGGGCCCGGUUGGAGGAUCUCAUGCGUCCAACGGUUACAACGACCCCACCUACGGCGCUGUCAAAGACAACAGCGUCCCAACGGCGGCGGGCAGUGCCAACGCCGGUCCGGUCCAUUUCUCCAACUACGCCGACAGGCCGAAUUACUGCAACCAGAACCUCUACGUCCAGCCGCCGACGCGCGGCGGCAGCGUCGACUACCGCAACCCACUGACGCCGCAGCCUCCGCUCCCGCACUCUGCCGGCCCUCCGUACAACAGCGAGGACAAGAGCAGCAAUCUGUCUCGGCUGGCCGGGCGAUCGCGCGGCCCGCUGAUGGACGUUUCGCUGUCGCAACUCGAUCAUCACAACAAUCACGUGAACGGGCACGCCGACGGCGAGGACGCCCCUCCGCGACCUCCUCCACCUCGCAGCGAUGAUUACUACAGUCCGAGACGGGCCAACGAAGCGCCAGAGCCCGUCAAACCGCCUCCGACACUAGAUCCGCGUUUCAUCAGCUUCCAGAAGGAAGGCUCGGUCGGCAUUCGUGUGACUGGUGGCAAUCAGGUGGGCAUCUUCGUGACGGCCGUUCAGCCAGGCAGCCCAGCGGCGUUGCAGGGCCUCGUUCCAGGAGACAAGAUACUCAAAGUCAAUGAUAUGGAAAUGAAUGGCGUCACCCGAGAGGAGGCCGUCCUCUUCCUUCUCAGUCUGCAGGAUCAGAUCGAGCUGGUCGUGCAACACAAACGCGAAGAGUACGAUCAAGUUGUGGCAUCCGGCCACGGAGACUCGUUCUACGUCAAGACUCAUUUCAAUUACGAACAGCCGGCCAGCGGGCACAUGUCCUUCCGCAAAGGCGAAGUCUUCCACGUCGUCGAUACUCUUUACAAAGGAGUCGUGGGCGCCUGGCAGGCCUUCCGCGUGGGUCCAAACGGUCAAGACUUGCAGCAGGGGGUAGUGCCAAACAGCGCGGGAGCUGAAGAAUUAGCCACGGCUCAAUUCAACGCCGCUAAAAAGGAAGCGGCCACGACAACAUCCGAGUCACGCGGAUCCUUCUUCCGGCGAAGGCGGCCUACUCAUCGUCGCUCGAAAUCUCUCGGAAGGGACCACUGGGAUGACGUCGUGUUCGCCGAGACGCUCAGCAAAUUCCCAGCUUACGAACGAGUCGUGCUGAGGCAUCCCGGCUUUAUCCGGCCCGUCGUCUUCUUCGGCCCCAUUGCCGAUAUCGCUCGCGAUAAGCUCAUCAAGGACUUCCCCGACAAGUUCUCCGCACCUCAAAUGGAUGGAAAUCGAGACUCGAACGAAGGGUCUGGAACGGGCGCUCAGGUGACGGCAGGUCGUUCGGGUAUCGUGCGCUUGAGCGCCAUCCGAGAACUUGUGGAGAAAGGCCGGCACGCUCUUCUGGACAUAACACCCGGCGCCGUCGACAAGCUCAACUACGCCCAGUUCUAUCCUGUGGUCAUCUUUCUCAGAGCCGAUUCCAAGCAUACAGUCAAGGAGCUCCGCGCUGGAACGCCAAACACUCUGGCUGGCCUGGCACCACGACUCGAAGAGCUCUUCAAGUGGACGGCCCAUAAGAGCAGCAAGAAACUCUACGAGCAGUGUGUCAAAUUGGAGAAGUUAUGGUCGCAUGUUUUCACGACAACAGUGCCGCUGACGCAGCGCGACACCUGGUACAGGAAGCUGCGAGAGGCCAUCGACCGCGAACAGAAUCAAGCCAUCUGGGUCUCGGAGGCUAAGCUGGAUGAGUACCUGUCCGAUGAUUUCCUGUUUCCGAUGACGUCACGACUCUCGUACGCUUCCUCACCUGAAUCGGAUCUCGACUUGUCGCCCGAACCUCGCGCUUCCGCCGCGGCCGAAGGCUCUUCGAAGACGAACGCGAUGAACGGCGGAAGUAAAUCGCCACCGUCGCCCAGCUCGGCCGGCCGAAUGGUCAAGAGUUCCAGCGACCCGAGCAUCGCCACCCAAGACGACCUGGGUGUCUCGGGGAUGAGCAGCCCCGCUGGAUUAUUGAAAUCCGUCGGCCCGCCAGGCAAAUUCCAGUCUCCAAUCAAUUCUCAAUGUGUGGUGGACGCGUCGACGCCGACAAAGCGGCGAUCUCAGGGCGGCGAUUCCAAGUACGGAUUCUCGUCGCCGGGCAACGGCAAUCACCCGGGACAGCGAGAUGCCAACACGCCGCGCAAUUACGGCCAACAACCGCCCAAUUACUCGUACAAUAGCCCGUCUUCGCGGGGCCAACAGGCCAGCACCAAUUUGGACUACAUGAACGGGCCCCAUCAGUCGAACCAGAGGCAGUCGGGCAACGGUGGGUACCCGACAUCCUCGUCCUCCUCCCAACAGCACCACUUUUCGCCUUAUUCGAAAUACAGCGGCCAACACGGUCCGUCGUCAUCGGGCGUCGUUGAAUUGCCUCCGAAAAUCGAUCGCAGUAGCAAACCGACGCGGCUGGCCCGCUCCGCACAGGAGCGCUUGUUCGGCUCGAGAGAAGGUGACGUCAAUGGUCUCGAUAUCGACACGUAUCCCAGCUCACCGCCAGGGCCGGCUCCGAGCCAGCCGGGGCAGAACGGCGGAGGAGGAGGUCAUCCAUCUCUCGACUACCUGGGCUCCCUGCGAGGCAGCUCGUUGGAUAGAGAGAGAGCUGCCAAAGCGGGUAGUUAUGAUAGCUCGUCAUCGUACGAGUCUUACAAUCGACUCGGCUUGACGUUGGCAUUGGCCGGCAGUAAUAAUCAUCAAAGCAGCAGCGGCGGUGGGGGAGAUGGGAACGCGAUGCCCGGCUCGCCCACUUCGGGCGGCUUGAAAUCUCACGAUCCUUACCGGUACACUCGCUCAACCAGUCAGCCCGUGCGCUCGCCAACAGAGCCGACGUCUCCCGCAACGAAACAACUUCAUCGUCCCUUCGAACACAAAAAGCCGUCACCUCCACCCAAAUCCGCACCUUACAAGCCCGUCCCUCCGCCCAAGCCGAAAAAUUACCGACCGCCACCGAAUGCCACGUCCACGUCCAAUCAACAGCCGAUGACACCCAACAGCAAUUAUUGGAAUCACAGUCCACCAGGUACAUUGAAUCAUCCCAACCGGACGGCGGCCGGUAGCGGAGAUGCGCCACCUCCUCCUUCCAGUAAUGGCGGCGGCGGCGGCGGCGGUAGCAGUUCCAGCAACCACCACGGCUAUUAUUCGCACGCACCUCCGCCAACCAACACGGCCUCUGCCAUUCCAAACGGUCUCAAUUCUUACCGUUACGAAGACGAUACCAACGGUGGCUUCGACUCAGCAGGUCAUGGAAGCAGUUUGGAUCGUCACAGUUACGGCGCCAAUUCUCUGUACGGCAAAGCGCCGCCACCGCCGCCGCCAGUCAACGGAUCCAAUCGCAACAAUCAAGCCGGUCAAUAUUACUACAACAUCCCGCCGCCCAGAGAAAAUAAUCAGAAACAACAAAGUCAAUCGCGAGAUGGAGGACGGCUCGAUCUUGCCCAGCAUCGAGAUCAACGCGGCUCAGCGUUUGAAUUGUACAAGAAACCCGCCGAUCCGAGAUCUCCCGCUCACGGACAUCAGCCCCUCUACAUGGAGCACAACGCCAGGCUAGACUACGAAUACUAUGACGGUGAUGGAUUCUCCUCUUCGCCUUACUACCACUAUCGUCACGAUUACUACUCCCCUCCCACAUCCCCUCCACCACCUAACUGCUCCGUGAUUGCCACCGUCCGCGGUUGGCUCACGCACGACCAGGGAGGACGCUUGGAGAGUGUCGAAACUGGAGUUGCAUUGCUCGUUCCCCCAAGAGCUCUGCCUCCGGGUCCGGCCGCUCACCUCGUCUACUUCAAGGUCUGUCGCCAAGACCACAUCAGACCGGUUGACACCAAUGGCGUUCCUUUAGAUGAUGGCAAAGGUGAAGCUUUGCUUAGUCCACUAGUUCAGUGCGGGCCGAAAGGUCUGCGCUUCCUCCAGCCAGUCGAGCUCCGCAUUCCGCAUGAUGGCGGUUCGCGGGCGAAUUCGUCUGGCAGGUGGAAUGUUUCUCUCAAAGCUUCCAACGAGCUGGGACAGUGGCGACAGAUAGAACUACCCCAACGAGGCGACGACGAGCAACGAUCCCACAUCCAAUCGGAACAAUCGGACGACGCCAAAAAAUCUCGCAACCACCUAUCUGUUUUCGUCGAUCAUUUCUGAAACAA